AUGGAAAAACACCAGUGCGAAGAGUUUGACAACACCGACACCCCAGCGGCCAACUGGUCGGAUUGGAUGGCGGCCCUCUCGGACGACCUCUCCCUGUCCGACCUCUCCGUCCCCGGGACGCACGACUCCUUGAGCAUGUUCGGAGGCAGCCGGCUCCAGUGCCAGAGCCUCCCCCUGGAGAGGCAGUACGAGGCCGGGAUCCGCUUCGUGGACGUCCGCUGCAAGCUCAGGGAUGGGGAGUUCUUCAUUUACCACGUGAACACCUUCCAGCAGGCGGACUUCAGGAGCGUACUGGACACCACCUUCGCCUUCCUCGACCGGCACCCCCGGGAGGCUGUGCUCAUGCGGGUGAAGGAGGAGUACGCGUUCUUCGGCAGCUCGGGCUUCACGGAGCGCUUCAAGCGCUACCUCGACCAAGAGGGCCAAGGGAGGACCUGGCAUUUUGAAGCCAUCCCAACCUUGGGCCAGGCCCGGGGCAAGAUCGUCAUCCUGGAAGAGAUAGAAAGCGAAAAGCUGGGCAUCCCCUAUGAGCAUCUGAAUGUCGGCGACCGGUGGAAAGUCCUGUCCCAGACCAACAAGUGGGCCAACGUGGAGGCCCACUUGGAGGCGGCGGUCAGCGGGGACCGCAAGAAGAUGUAUCUGACCUUCUGCUCUGGGAAUGGCUUGUUCACCACCCCGGAGAAGCUCGCUCGGUUCAUCAACACCUGCCUCUAUCAAUACCUGAAAAGCAGGUCGGACCCAACCAUCCGCUGGGGAGUGGUAAUUAUGGAUUUUCCCGGGGCGGAGUUGAUCCGGAUGAUUAAAGACAGCAACGCGAGGACGUAG